AUGGGAAAACAAUUAGAUAAGAAGAAGCCUGCUGUUUAGAAUAAGGAUAAAAAAGAAAAGAAGACCAUGAAGUAACAAAAAAAACAUAAGAAGGAUGAAAAAUAAGUUAAGGAUUCUCAAAUUAAGAUCGGUCCUACCAAGAAGAUUGCAAAAUUAACUAAAGAAGCUGUCAUUAAGAAAGAUGGUGAAAAAAAAAGCAAAGAUGAAAAGAAGCCCGUCUCCACUGAACCUCUCGUUCAAUUAAGAGAUAACGUUAAAGAUUCAUUAGCUUUCGUCAAGAAGAAAUAGGUCGAUUAAAACGCUUUGAAGAAGGCUGUCAAGAGAUUAGAAGAUAAAGCUAAUAGAGUUCCUAUUAAAGAUACUCCAUAAAAUUGCACAAUCUACGUAGGUCACUUGCCUUAUGGUUUGCUUGAAGAAUAAUUAAAGACUUAUUUUGAACAAUAUGGUACCAUCGUUAAUAUUAAAGUUGCUAGAAGUAGAAAGACUGCCAGAUCUAAAGGUUUUGCCUUCAUUUAAUUUGAACAACCAGAAGUUGCUGCUAUUGCUGCAAAGGCUAUGAAUGGUCAUAUGGUUUUAGGUAAAGUUUUAGAAGUCCAUGUCUUGCAACAAGACUAAAAGAACCCCUUCAGCUUUAAAUAUGGAAAGAAAUAAUUCAAGUUCAUUAACUGGAAACGUAUCUUCAUUAAAUAAAAGAAUUCAGAAAAAGAUCCUGAAGAAGUUAAAAAGGGAGUAGAAAAAUUACUUAAAAACGAAGAAAAGAAAAGAGACAACUUGAAGAAGCUUGGAAUAGAUUAUGAAUUCCCAGGAUUCAAAGCAAUCGUUGAUGGUAAAACUGUCAUUGAAGCUGACGAUUGA